AUGAAGGGGCACCCUCACGGGAACUACGGAAAUGCCGACCGGGCGACAGCCAGAUCGCUAGCCUUAUCUGUGAAGCCAUCCGCAAGGGGGGUUGAUAGCAUUGAUAUCGAGGUACUAAGGGGACAUAGUGUGCCAGUGAACCAUGGAAACCAAGUGUGGCUGCCCAGUGCCCAUCGCACUAUCCUUAAUAUCGGCAUUUGGUAUCACCUACUCCAUGUGGAGGACUCCAUCACGAUGAUCGCUCUUCCCGCCGAAGCAAUGUGGCUGAAGGGAGGAGCGAAGCAAAAACCGGAACGGAAUCCAGGGCGUGAGCUGAUUAGUCACAUGCCGAUCCGUGAUUCGUAA